CAGAACGACUGCGAUAUGACUUUGAAUCACAGCAAGACGUGGCCUGUGAGCACGUUGGCUGUAGUACAACUCCGGGUGGACUCGCAUGGGCGUACUUAUAGUACUUUAACCGGAAAUGUACCAGAGUUGCAGAAUGGCUAUGAAGACGUGGAGCAACGACAAACCAACAACAAUAAUGACGAAGUCGUGCCAGAGGGUAACGUGCCUGAGGAGGACGCUGAAAACGGGGUUGUUUAUCCCUUAUCGAGGAACCAUUUAGAACUGUUCACGAAGAUGUCGGGCCCUGCUAUCAGGACCACCAUCAGGACUGACACGGUCUCCACCAUAUUGGAACAGGAUACGGAAUGCGACCUUGAGCACCAGGAUGAGCAGGGCAAAUUUCCCCGCCAGGAGGAGCCAACCCCAAUCCUGGAGAAAUUCCACGUCUUGGCCUUGACUCGCAUCGAAGAGAACAUCAACGAGAACGAAUACCACGCCAUGGGUCGCCGUCCUAGCAUCAAAGUGGACAACUGGGACUUCAUCUACACCGAGACCAAGCCCAUCAACCGCUGCCCGAUCCACCGCUGUCCGAUCGACCAAAACUCCAACGGGGGCGGCGUGAAAGAUCCGCCGGAACUUCCUCUGGAUGCGAGAAAGACGACGACUCUACGAAGACAUUACUACCUGGAGGGAGGCUGGGGAUGGGUGGUGGUGGUGUGUUCAGUGCUGGUGCAUGUGUUGAAUCACGGGGUGCAACUGUCGUGUUCGCAACUCAUUCUACCGGGAGCGGAGAAAUUCAAGGUGGAAACCGUGCAUUUUGCGGGAUGGCUGGGGGCGAUGUCAACCGGCGUGGCCCUCCUCAUAUCUCCCGUAACCAUAGCGUUUUGCCGACGGAAAUCUACGAGGGUGACCGCCGUCAUGGGAGGUCUCAUCACGGCACUCGGCUGCUUAUUCACCUCGUUCGCCACGCAGUUCCACCAGCUCUUCUUCAGUUAUGGCACCGUCGUCGGCAUCGGUGUCGGCAUAACCCGGGACUGCUCCACUCUGAUGGUGGCCCAGUACUUCAAGCGCCGCCGCGAAUUCGUCGAAAUCUUCAUCGUGUCAGGGAGCGGCCUUGGAAUUGCCACAAUGUCCGUCAUCAUCAGAAGCACUAUAGGGGCUCUCGGCUGGCGACUCGGACUCCAGGUGGUAACCGGGGCCAUCUCUGUCACCUUCAUCCUGGGAACGUUUUACCGCUCCGCUUCACUUUACCAUCCGCAAAGACGUGCCAUCCUUCACAUCAAGAACCAAAAGCGCAAGAUUAAGGACAAGAAUAAGAUCGAAGAUAAGAUUCCGUUCUUCGAUUUCAGUACUUUGAAAAGCAAGACUGUUAGGAUUUUGUUGAUAUCGACUGGAAUUAGCGCCUUUGGAAUCAAUACACCUUUGUUUUAUUUGGCGUAUCAAGCGGAAGUGGAAGGUCUGGGCGAUUCGACGGUUUUUUUGCAAAUGUAUUUGGGACUGGCGUGGACGGUAGGAUGCGUUGUUUUUAGUACUUUGGUGCUACACAACUCGACGGAAUGUCGGAUAGCAAGACAAUAUUUGUGCCAAACUGCCGUCUUCAUGUGUGGCUUGUCCAUUUUGGCCUUCACGGUUGUGAGCGGGAACUACCAUGCCUAUGUGAUGUUUGCGUGGAUUUAUGGUAUAUUUUGUGGAGGUUAUCACUACUCCCUCAAAAUGUACACUUACGAAAGAGUCCGUGCCCGGAAUUUCGCCCGGACCUGGGGCUUCGUCCAGUGCUCCCAAGCAAUACCCAUCGUAAUAGGAGUACCAUUUUCCGGCUACAUGAACGAAAAAUGUGGCGACCGUGCCGGCUACUACUUUAGCUCAACCUGCGUCCUGGUGGGCAGCUUAACCCUCUUCCUCAUCGACUUACACAGACGAAAAAUAUCGAGACACAAACACACUCGAGAGAACGGAACGCGCCAUUUGUGUGUCUCUGAAACGUGCCCUCAACGCCGCAAGCUGUCAUUUUCGCAAGAACCCGAGAACGACGCUGGAGUGACUGCGGGGGCAGCGGCGGCGGCGCUGGUUCUGGGGGCGGAUUUGGCCCCCAACCAGCCCCCCGGCCUCAUGGACAAUAUAAUCGUGUCAAAUGACAAGCCCGAACUGACGUGCAUCUCCGAAGAGGGCAUCGCUGACAUGGAUCUUCCCGAUAAUCUCUUAGACGACUUAGACUACAUAGGAGACUGUAUCACUUCGUGUAAUAAAGUAGAGAAUUAUUUAAUGCUUAGUGAAUUUGAGAAUAACUUAAUAGCGGAAAUGCCUGUGAUAUUGGACAGGAAAGGUAGGCGGUGGUCGCUAGCCAGGUCCAAACUUGCACAAAACGAAGACACCACCGAGGAGGAGAAUGGGGUUGGGGUGAACAAUUCCAAGUGGAAAGUAUUUCCCAAUCGUGUUAUUACUGUCAUUGAUGAAUCGUCCGUUUAGUCAUAUACAUAGUUCGUUUAUUACUGCCACUAGUUUUGUAAAGACUACCUCAUAGAUAAUGGCAAGUAAAUAACACUCAUGUGGAGAGUACAAUAACGAACUCGGUGUCCAGUAUGUAGUGGAAACGCUGUGUUACUAUUAUUUUGUAGUUAUUUAUAUUAAAUAUAUUAUUCAUCUAAAAAAAAUUGUUUUGUUCUUCGUUUAGUGUACAUCUCAUACCACGGUUUCUUGAGCAUCCACAGGAUAUGUCAUCUACAACAUAGACCGCCCCGCCCCCCUUCUAACUUCUUAUUUAUAAAAAAUAUAUAUAGUAUUUUUAAAUGUGUAGUAUCAAAAUAAUACCUAUUUCUAAAAAUAUUUAAAGUAAAUUAUUAUGGGAUUAUUUUAUAAUAUCGUAUGCAAAAAGUUAUAUAAAUAAACGUUUUAGGAUUAGUAGAAAAUAUUUUAAAA